UUGUCGUCAUUAGCUUUUGAUGUUGCACAUGGCCAUGGCCAUGGAUGCCUGAGCCUCCUCUUCUCUCAUUUGUUUAAAACCCACUGCAAAAUCCUGCCACCCUCCGCUGUCGCAGCCGGCCUCGCAAUUCGACACCUGCCCCAAAUGUCGAUGUCACUUUGAGAUUCGUUUCCCACCCUUCGCUCUCUUCCCUAGAUAAUAACAAAUCUCUCUUCCACAUCCACACUCCAUCUCUCUCCCAUUUUGCCAUGGUGUCCUCGAUUCUCUCAUUUUCAUGGCGUCUCUUACACCUGGGGUUCUAUCCAAGCUCCUCCAAAACCUAGACAACCCAACCGCCAAAGUCGCCGGAGACCACCGCUCUCCUCUCCUCCAAGUCAUCGGGAUUGUUCCGAAGGAUGACGUUUUCGAUUUCGAUAGGAAAAACAAAGGGUUUUAUCUGAGAGUCUCGGAUUCCAUUCACUCAGCUUACGUUUCUGUAGCGGAGGCUGAUGUUGAUUUGAUUCUGGGAGAUAAGAUCCAACUAGGUCAGUUCAUACAUGUCACUCGCCUCGAUUUUGGCUCCCCUGUUCCGGUUCUUCGCGGCCUUAAACCGGUUCCUAAACGGCGUCCAUGCGUCGGCGACCCGAAGGACCUGAUCUCGAGUGAUUCGUUAGUGAUUCGGAGUAACAGUCGGGUUGAUUUCUCUAAGAAGAAGAAAGAGGGAAAAGUGAAGGAGAGUAAUAGUAAUUCAUCCAGAAGGCUUUCAUUGGUAAAUGUGAAGACUCGUGAUGAACCGGAAACGAGAAGGUUGAGUUUGGAUUACUCGUCGAGGAAGUCUUGGGACCGGAGUCCGGCGCCGGCGAGUAAACACCGCCGUUCUGGUUCAGAUUCUAAUGGCGGGUUGGGUACAAAAUUCACAGAGCCUUCGUCUCCACUCUGUUCUACUCCGGUACGUUCGGGUAAGAAAGCUUCUUCAGUGAAGGAUUUACCUCUAAAACCACCAAAUUUAAAUCUACCACCUCUUAGAAACAAAAACAUAAUAGUCUCCGAAAAAUUAAUAAACAAACCAAUUAAAAAAGACUUGAAAACAUCAUUCGAUUCCAUUCCAACACCAAUCCAUCUCACCAAAAUCCCAAUCAAUGCUAAAACGGCGUCGGAUUCAAAAGUUUCAUGGGAUUCCGUUUCACCCACAGUCCGUGAACUUGGAAAGGAUCUUAUUGGACGUAGGAAUUUGGGAUUUUCGUAUGCGGUAAAUGCGUUAGAAGAAACAUCGGUCAUAGAGAACAUCCUUCAAUGCAUGAGUGAAUUUGCAGAAAUAUGUGAACUUGCUGAGACAUCUACAAAUCCCCUCGAACAAUUCUUGAACUUCUAUCAGAAGCUUCAAACCUCAUCUGCCAUGGUCAACGUCUUAAUUGACUCAAAGUCAACUCUCCAUAAAUCAAAAAGUCAAGCUUCAUUGUGGGUACAAGCAGCUUUACAAACUAACCUUGCAAAGUUUACUUUGUUUACAAUGGAAGAAAAUCAAAAAAUUCCACAAGCCGAGCGAAAUUAUCAUAUUGUCCUUGACACCGAGAAAAUUCAAGUGGAAAACCGGUUACCUGAAAACAAGAAAAGCCCGAAAACAAACGAACCGGUUGCUUCUACAACACGGUGUGUUGGCCCUACCAUGAAAAAAGAAAGGAUAGAAUUGUCAAAUGGAAGUAGUCGAUUAAAGGAAACGGCUAACUUAGCUGAAAAACUACUUUUGGCAUCGAGGAAAUGGUUUUUGAAUUACUUGGAAGUUUCUUUAAACAAGGGGUUUAAAUUGACGAAAGGAGAAGAGUCGGGGGUAGCAAUUUGUCUUUUGGGACAACUCAAAAGGGUUAAUCAAUGGCUCGAUGAUUCGGUUAUUGGGGACGAAAAGGUGGAAAAUUUAAGGAAGAAAUUAUAUACUUUUUUGCUUGAGCAUGUUCGGAAGUAGAUUUUGCUAAAAAAAGUUAUUCUUCCGGGACCCUGUGGACCAUACGGACUAUACUGUCAGUAUCAUGAGAGAUGUAAAUCAGAUGUUAUCUGGUAGUUUAGGUCAAAAACAAAUGACUAAUGACUAAAGAUGUGAAGGUGUAGGUGGCUCUAACUAAAACUAAUGGAAGAUGGAGAAAGAUAAGUAGGAGAAGAAAUUAAUUAAUGUAGCUUUUCAUUUUUAUUUUGAGCAAAAUGUAUGCAUAACUUGCUACUACUUUAAUUUGACCACUAGAAUGGUGAAGAAAAUGAUGCAUUUAGUUUGGUUUA